GCCAGCCCGUCUGAGGAGCACAUCGAUUUCGCGCGCCGCGGCCGCCGAGGAAGUGGGCGCAAAACAAAAAAGUACAGCGUUCCCUUUUCCGCCGUGUCGACGACGACGACUCGCGUCGGACGCACUGCCCGGACCGCGAACCCGCAGCAGCCCGUGUGAUGCCCCAGGAGUAGCAGAGAAACAGCUCUCGCUCGCGAUUCGUGCGGGGGAAACAGCCGUGUCAACGAUGGUGCUCAAGCUGCUUUUUGUCAACCUCUUGCUGUUCGCGCUCGUCCUCUGCUCAGGCUCAACCAGUUUCGACGAGGACGCGGAUUUGGAAGAUCUCGUUCCACCCGAGAACACGGGACCGUACUUUGAGACGUCCGCCUCGAAGAACGUCACCGCCCUGGUCGGCAAGACAGCCUACCUCAACUGCAGGGUCCGUCAUUUGGGGAACAGGACGGUGUCAUGGAUCCGGCACCGCGACCUGCACUUGCUGACGGUCAACCGGUACACCUACACGAGCGACCAGCGCUUCCAGUCCAUCCACUCGCCGCACCUCGACGACUGGAUGCUGCAGGUUAGGUACCCUCAGCGGCGCGACUCGGGCAUGUACGAGUGCCAGGUCAGCACGACGCCGCCGAUCGGACACUCGAUGCAUCUCUCCGUGGUCGAGCCGAUUACAACGAUCCUUGGUGGCCCCGAUAUGUACAUCAACAAGGGCUCGACCAUCAACUUGACAUGCAUAAUCAAAAAUAGUCCGGAGCCGCCGGCAGCAAUCUACUGGACCCACAAUAAUGAGGAGAUAAAUUACGACUCACCCCGGGGCGGUGUCAGCGUAAUCACCGAGAAAGGUGACAUCACCACGAGUUACCUGCUGAUUCAGCGCGCCAAAGCUCCCGACUCGGGCAGAUACGCGUGUAACCCGACCAACGCCAACCAAAAGAUAGUCACGGUCCAUGUUCUCAAUGGGUCCUUCUUAUGACAAUUUUCAGGGGAGCAGCCUGCGGCAAUGCAGCAUGGUGGACAGUUACGGCUCGAGUAUCCAUUAAGCGCCUGUCUGCUGAGCGUGAUUGUCGUAGUGCUUGGGUCUUGAGUGUCACUUAUGUGAAUGGACUAAGAAAAAAGGCCCCCAGAUUGACUUGUUUGAGUGAGCAGUUUGCUGAGUUAGUCAAAAACGUGUGUUACGCUUUUGAAGUCGACAUAAACUCCUCUGUGUGCGCGCGUGAGAGAAACAAAGGAAACUGUUCACCGCCGGACAUAAUUGUAUAUGAUAUAUAAAAAUUGCGAGACGCGUGAGAUUGGACAAUUUUUUGCAAAACUAAAAAGAGAGAUCUCCAUUUUUUAUUAUUGUGAAGACUGUUAUGUCUUGUGGACGGUGCUUUUUGAAAAAACGCUUUCGAUGGGAUCUACUGCACAACACACGACGGCAGACUCGAAUUUUGUACCAAGGCGAGUGUUCGACGCCAGUCCGCCCGAGUGGAAAUCCCGCAGCAGCAGCCUUCGCCGCAGUUCGUCGGAAGGGAUGCAAAACGUUUUACAGGUUGAAGCCGGGUUGGACGAGAGAGAAUCUCAUUUGUCACAGGCGCAUCCCCCAACGAAUACCCCCUCUCUCUCUCUGUCUCUCUGGCUCUUUAGCGGAUCAAUUGUAGAUUGCACCUGGCCGGCUCCAGGCCCCGUCUGGAUGAAGAGCGAGUGAUUUCGCAACGAACACACACACACACACACAACUCAGCGACGUUGCGGAUAGAAGGACUGUUGCUCGCGAUUUAAAUAAUCCGCCCUCCAAACCGAAUCGGACUCCAUUUUCCAAUUGUUUCCUUCGCUCAUGUGUUCACGGCAAAGCAUUUAAAUAUCUAAAUAGUGUAUGGCUUGUCAAGACGGUUUUCAGCUCCUUCCGUUCAUGCAUUCUCGCGAUCGAUCGUACAAAAGUUACACAAUAAUCUAGCCCAUUUCCCAAGUCGAAACAGAAAGUUAAUUCCGAGGAAGUCGUCCGUUCUUUGCCCCGUCGAAUAGCAAACUUGGUGUGUCUCUCCGAGUGCAGAGAAGCAAAUCCCCUUCUACCCAUUUUCUUAAUGUGCAAGCGCUUGAGGACGGGAACUUUCCGCCGCUUUGGCUCGUCGAGACACAAAAACUAUAGAAUUGCAAUCACUCAUGUUCAACGCAGAAAGUGUCAACGUUACGAGUGCAGAUAAGCACCUGGUCUGGAAUCGAUUUGACAAGCCGAAAACGACCGCUCUCACAACGGGAUUGCGUUUUUUCGCAGCGAUUAUUAGUGUUUAACGGUUAUGGUUGUAUAUCCAAUCCCAGAAGACUUCAAGAACGGAUUUUCCAAUGUUAUAAAUAUUCAACUCAACCCUCUACAGACGCAGAAUAAACAGCUUCCCACUUUUCCUUUUUUCCACUGUUGAACGACAUUCAAUAUGUUGGGUCCAUAUACCUGAUCUCGACGGGUUUUCUGUUUGAUGUAUAUGUUUGCUAUACACAGAGUGCAAUAAUAAUUUCGGACAACACAAAACGCCCACGACCCGAUAUAGCGAAAUAUGGAUGUGUUUAGUUGCUUCAGAUACGAGUACUGAAACGGCCCAUAUGUAUAUCACACUCCACAAUCCCCCCUAUCAAUCAGCAAUAAAUCUUGAUUGAUACGUUAUGCGCAGCAUUGCUGCUGCAAACCAGCAUUCACACACAAGCGGUGCUCGGAAAUAAACGAGUGCAUUACCGGACGUAUAGCCGGCACUUAACGUACCGCCCGUUUCUAUAAAUUUAAGUGUUCAUUUCACGAUUUUUUGCGCCUGUUUUUCCAAUUUUAAGCUAAUGUCUAAAUGUUACAACGGUCUCAAUCCCUUGGGAAUAAUAAAUUGCAGGAGCAGUAAAUUUAAACAAAGAGAGAAAACUAUAAAAACUACAGAGAAAGUGGUUAAGAUUUCUUUUUUGAACACAAGAAGAGCUUAUCGAACAUUCUAAAGUCGUAGAAUUACCACCCCAACGCAGGUCCUUGGUGUGCAUUUUGACCACCGAGGGGAGUGAUACUAUUUUUCACUGACCCGUGCCUACUAGAAAUGCGCUCAAACCAUUUUAACGAUAUGUAACGUAAGAAUCGAAUCUGACGAAACGAACCCCGACAAUUUUCUCACUCUGCUUGGAUACACGUGUUGCAGCAAAAGUUCCAGCAGAAAAAAUAAAAAGCGCGAAAAAUUAGAAAUCUAGAGCAUUUCUCUGUGGUGUAAUAAACAUUUCCCAAGGGACCCAGAAAGCGGAAUUGUGAGAAACCGGGGAUUAAGCUCCACACACACGCAGACACAGAGGGAGCGAAAGGGGGAAGCGCGUUUUACAACAAUUAAACAAUUGUAUAAACGUCCCAUUAGUUGCGGGGCGCGCUUCCUUUUUUGCGCUUUCCCUUCUAGAGAAUAGCCCGCAGACGAGGGCGUCAAGGGAAACACGCAUAAGCUCGCGCGUAAAAAACACAUGUACACCUGUUUAGGACGCAAUGUACAUAUUAUUAAUAGACUAAAAAGAAGAGACAUGGAAUUAAAACGAUGUUCAUCAUAAUAAAUCUAAAAAAAACACUCAA